AUGUGCAAAUACGAAGGGGGUGACUCAAAAGGCUUAAUAGUUCCACGGACCAUCAAAUUUGCUGAACUGUUGGACCGUGUGCAUCAGAUUGGUAAUACAAACAGCAGGGAAGACAAGAUUUGCUUAAAAUUCUCAGUUUUGGUGGCCUCGAAUGAGUGGAAGCACAUAAAGAUUGAGGACGAUGAUGAUGUCAAUUUUUUUAUGAAGUACAAUUCUGAGGUAACACCUUCAAAACUAGCUCCCUUACUCGUGAGUAUAGAAGAUAAAGGACUGACAAAUGAUGUAGUUCAUAGUAUGCAUAUCACGACAGAUAGUAGUCGGAUGGGUCAUUCUUCAGUUGCCAUUGUUGAAAGCAAUGAAGUAACUUGGAAUAAUACAAAUGUCACUGAUUUGGGAGCUGCCCAGUUGCCAAAAAUGCGUUUAGGAGGAGAAUCUGAACCCACUCGUCAACAUUAUUGGAGUCAAAUGGGUGAAAAAAAUCGGUAUAAUGCAGUCGGUGUAAAAGAUGAAGAAGCAUAUUUGGACAGCGGGUUUUCACGAAGCGAUUGGAAUCCGAAAAUUACAGUUGGGCAAAUUUUCUCUAGUAAGAAAGCAUUGUUGACGGAGUUACGGUUGACGGCAUUAAGAGGCCACUUUGAAUUUAAGGUGCAAUUCUCUUGCACUAAGAGGUUGCUUGUGGUUUGUUGUCAACGUCCAUGCCCAUGGCGGGUCCGAGCAUCGAGAAUUGGAGAAUACAACUUCAUGAUUGUGAGGUGUACAACUGUCCAUGAAUGUGAUUUGAGGUUCGUAAGUGACAAGCAUCGUCAAGCAACCGCAGCACUUGUAGCCACUUCACUUAAAAGGAAGUUGAAGGAUUGUCGGACAAUAUACACACCAAGUGACAUUAUGAGAGAUGUGAAACACAACUUUGGUUGCACCAUCCAUUAUUCUAAAGCUUGGAAAGCAAGGGAGUUAGCUCUAUUGUCCAUUAGAGGAUCAGCGGAGGAGGCAUAUUAUAUCCUUCCAGCUUAUUGCUAUGAAUUGGAGCGUAUGAAUCCCGGCACAAAAACACACAUCCAAACUGAUGAGAACAAUCACUUUGUGUAUUUAUUUAUGGCGGUUGGCGCAUGUAUUAGAGGGUUCCGUUCUUCCAUGCGCCCAGUGAUAGCCGUGGAUGCCACUCAUUUAAAAUCCAAGUACAAGGGUGUUAUGUUUGUAGCAAAUGCAUUCGAUGGUAAUCGAAAUAUAUAUCCUCUUGCUUUUGGGAUCGGGGAUUUGGAGACGGAUGCAUCAUGGCAUUGGUUUUUCACUAAACUUCAUGAAGCCAUUGGUGAGUGUCCCAAUCUUGUUAUUAUUUCUGAUCGCAAUGUUAGCAUAGAGAAUGUGUGGAACAAAAUUUUUCCAACUGCACAACAUGGCAUAUGCUUUUAUCAUAUGAAGGGGAACAUGAAACGCACUUGCAAGUUGAAAAAGCGUGAUCACAUACUUAUGCACUUUGAGAAGGCUGCGAAAUCUUAUUCCAUUGCUGAAUUUGAUUGUCAUUUUCGCAAGAUCAAGCGAAAGGAACAUGUUGCUCAACAUCUUGAAGAGGCAAGGUUACAUAAGUGGUCUAGAGCUCACAUGGAUGGAUGCCGCUACAAUGUAAUGACAACAAAUAUUGCGGAGUCAAUCAACUCAGUCCUUAGGUUUGCAAGGAUGCGCUGCCACUGGUUCAUUUGA